CCCUUUUCGGUCAAGCUCAACCGUGGGGGCCAAGCCACCCAGGAAGUAAGCAGAUACAGAGCAAAGACGAGGAGAUUCGAUUGGUCUAUUGACUGAUAGUAUAGGUGAUAAUUUCCACCGGACUGCAGAUAGUGAAAAAUGGGGUACGUGAUUGGGAGGCUAGAAGCGCUUUCGUGGAAUUUUGUCGCUAUGUAAUGCAGCUGUCCAUGAAGGGUUCCCAAAUGCGCACUUAGGUGCAUCGCCACACUAUCAACCUAGCAGCCCAGGUAGGUAUCCCUAGUAGGUAUUCGGCAAUCCCUGCCGUUCGCCUACUACGCUGCGUGUAAUAGAUCUCACCACCCCAGCCGCAUCGCAACGAGUUCGUCCUCCAGCGUUGAUGGCCAAAUAUGUCCCAAUUAGCAUGAAAUUGACACCAGCUUCGACGACAUGGAAACUUCGUCAAACGAAGAGCGCCAACCUCUAUUCUGGUCCGGUUUGAUGAGAACGAACACAAUCUCAAACAUGGCUGUUGAAUUCCUCGAAACGCGACCCGAGCAGGCUUUCGGAGCUGAACUUGCUCAAAUGAUGGGACCACAGUCUCCCCAGUAUGCGCCAGAAAUCGACAAAUUCGUAGCAGCGUCGGAUUUCAAUGAGCCAGAUUAUUUCAAGGAAUCUGAGGAGAAGAUGACCAAGUUCAAGGCAACAUUGGCGCAGUUCUGCAAGACCCUCGAGGAGCGGAAACUUGGGAAGAAACUCGGAAUCGAAAUAAAGAAUCCCGACGACUACAAGAUGCAAGAUGUCUUAAGUAUUGCCCAGCAGCUGCAGUCGAAACACCAAGAUGAUAAAACAUCCAAAGGCUACUUAGGCAAGAUACGCCGUUGUUUUCGUCGUCUCAUGGAGCAUCGAGGCAUCCUCCAUAAUAUCCUGAGUUUUAUACCAAACGAUUCCUACGGAUCAGUGAUCAGUGGAGGCUUCACUAUAAUCUUAGCAGCUAUUGAUCGAGCUGAGGAUUUGCGAGGGGAAAUUUGCAGUGCCCUUGCCGAGAUACCCACACAGCUGGAGCAGAUAAACGCCACUAUUAAUAUUCACAAAUUGUCGCGAGAAUUGAAAAAGCGCGCCGAUUCUGUCUUUAUCGCCAUCUUUGAGCUGCUAGAAUCCAUAGUAGCCGAGCUCUCGAGGAACUUUGCAAAGAAGGCUAUUUCAGUUACUCUUAAGGGAGAACGGUACGGCAAUGGUAUUACAGGAGCUAUCGAGGUCUUGAAAAGAGAGACCAAGGCCUUCGAUUAUGAGGCGCAGUUGUGUGACUCAAAGAGACUCGGCCGCGUAGAGGAGCAUGCAGUGAGGACAAGACUCACGGUGGAAGAUACUAGCACAAAGCUAGGAGAGUUCCGUGAGGAGUACAAAAGAGUUCAAGACAGCCAAAAUCAGAAAAUCGACGAACUUCAACAACUAGGGAAAAUGAUGGUCAACCAUCUCUACCGUUUCUUAGCUAGCAACCCAUCUUUUAAUUCUCGUGACGGAACUGUUGACCCGUCACAAGUUAAAAGGAAGAGGAUAGCGUACAGUCGCGCAGCCCUCAAGCAACUAUCCUCAUCGGCCCUUAACGAAAUGGCUAUCGGUUCUCCCGAAGAACGCCACGAUCGUGCGAGAAGAUGGCUUGCUAGUGUCAAGCUCCCGGAGCCCGAAACGAUCAAAGAUAUGCAAGAGUACUUGGAAGACUUUGAGAUGCUAACGCUUCGAGACAAAGACAAGGUCAAAUGGAUCGUCGAGUCUGGUGAAAUCAAGGACUGGAUAUCGGUCCCUGCCUCACAGAUCCUCGCCAUCGAAGCCGAUACUCCGCCUCAAGAUAUUUCGAAUCCCUUGUCGGUGACAUCUGCUUUCCUGUCUAAGACGAUCUCGAUGAACACAGAAUUGCCGGUCUUGAUAUAUAUGGGAGGGCUCGGGACAACUAGUUCAGGUGGAGAAACAUGUGGAUCAGUGGCGAUGAUGAAGAGCUUCAUUGCUCAACUGUUAUUAUACAUCGCAGAACAUAGACCUAACAUCGAUCUCGAGAUCCUGAAAAGCAAAAGGUUCAGAAAGAAGUCGCCAUCGACGUUGCGCGAAUUACUCAUCUUAUUUGGUCGCCUCCUUGAUAUCCUCUCGGAGGAUGCAGAAGGAAAUGCGAUAUUCUUGGUCAUUGAUUCGAUUACUCGCUUCGAAGGCUCCAUGGAAGAGACUACAGGGGACAUGUCGCAACUUCUUGAUGCCGUCGAACAGUCAGAUGCGAUAAUAAAGAUACUAAUGACGGAUUUAGGUCCCCCUCUAUUGAUAGAGGCACAGGAAAGAGACAUCAUAGUGUUAUCGGUACCGGAUGAUGUUGAUGGUGAAAGACAGGAUUUGAGUAUGGAACUGUUGGACUACGAUGUGACUCCGUCAAUUGAAGAUCUUCGGUUAUCUCAGAUACGGUCGAAUGAUUCAACCUCCGAUAAACAAUCCGAGCUUUCUUUCGACGAAGACGAGUACUGAGCACUUUGUUUAUUUUUAACCUGGUCAUAUCGGCCAUCUGCUAAGAGGAAGUGGAAAAGAGUUGAAGGAGACUUGGUUGUGGGCGUGUUUGCGGGUCCACACCUGGAUUCAUCAGUGUCGAUGAACGCCACACGGCAUGGAAUACUUCCGUGACAAGACAAAUUUAAAAUCAAAUCAUUUUAUUAAAUUAUUGAAUAUACAAUUUCUAACUAA